GAGAACGUCAGGUCUUGCGUUUUUGCUGUGCGGGAAGUCGAUGGUCGUGUUUUGGCGUGUCUGGCCGCCCGAAAGCCACAGAGACAGCGUGCACAGCCCAUCUAGACAGCCCAUCUAGACACUGCAGACACGCCCCGAGUCUUAGUGAUGAGGCACACCAUUCGCCUGCCGCCACAGCAACUAUGGUUCGUAUCACAACCUGGAAUGUCAACGGUAUCCGUAAUCCGUUUGGUUAUCAUCCAUGGCGCGGGAAUCGUACCUUCAAUUACAUGUUCGAUGUUCUCGAGGCAGACAUCGUCAUUAUGCAAGAGCUGAAGAUCCAGCGCAAGGAUCUGAGCGACGACAUGGUCAUGGUACCCGGCUGGGAUUGCUAUUUCAGCCUACCUAAGCAUAAGAAAGGAUACUCUGGAGUAGGAAUAUAUACACGCCAAUCAGUGUGCGCCCCGGUCCGCGCCGAAGAAGGCCUUCUUGGAGUUCUUUGUCCCCCAGGGUCGUCAACGCCAUACCGCGAUAUCCCACAAGAUGCCUGUAUUGGCGGCUACCCAACCCCAUCCCAAGUGGCCGAUCUGGGAGUCGACCCAGCUGCACUUGAUGCCGAAGGUCGAUGCUUGGUCCUCGAGUUCCCCGCAUUCGUCCUCUUCGGUGUCUACAGCCCCGCAAACAGCAAUGGAUUGAGAGAUAGUUUUCGAUACGGCUUUGUUUGUGCCCUCGACAUCCGCAUCCGGAACCUCCACAAGAUGGGCAAGAGGGUCAUUCUGACGGGAGAUCUGAACGUAUCUAGAGAAGAGAUUGAUACAGCUAAGGCUGAAGACGCCAUGAGGCAAGAAGGCAUAUCCCGUGACGAGUAUCUCAAUACCCCGAACCGGCGUAUAUUCAACCAACUGCUGGCAAACGGCAAAGUACCUGGCGAACGGGACGAGGGCAGGGAGGAGCCAGUGCUCUGGGAUAUAUGUCGAGAGUUCCACCCAAUGCGACAGGGCAUGUUCACACAUUGGGAACAGAAGAUCAACGCGCGACCGGGGAACUUUGGGUCCAGAAUCGAUUAUGUGCUUUGUAGCAUCGAGAUGCAAGCGUGGUUUUCCGAGUCGAACAUACAGGAAGGACUGAUGGGUUCGGAUCAUUGCCCGGUAUAUGCCACGACGAAGGAUAUAGUAGAUGCGAGAGGAGAGCAGGUCCAUAUACUAGAUAUCAUGAACCCUCCCGGGAUGUUCAGGAACGGCGAGAGGAUGAGGGACUUCAACCCGGCGAAAGACCUACUACCACUAUCAGGAAAACUGCUCCCUGAGUUCGACAAGCGCAGGAGCAUUAAAGACAUGUUCUCAAGACGGCCCGCAUUGCCAAAGGUUGAAUCUAGCUCAGAGUUUUGGCCGUCCCCGACGAGUGGCAGUGUGAACAUGCCAAAGAGCAGGGGAUCCGAGGAGGCUGCUGCAGAGCUGGCACCCUCAACGUCUGCGAGCCCGCUUAACUCUCCAGAGAAACGCCGACAGAACGGAUCGCCCGCCGCGAAGCUUGUCAAGCGGAGUAAGUCCAGCAUCGGCUCUUCGCAGUCAUCGAGCGUCUCCAAAGGGCAACAGUCCCUCAAAGGGUUCUUUUCGUCGCAUCCAAAGGCAAUCAAUGCUGGCGAUCAGUCGAGUGCAUCCUUGGGUGAACCAGCUGCACCCAACACGCCGACCAUUGAUUAUUCUAACCCCAACUUUAAUGACAAGCCAAAAAUGUCGCCUAACACACAGCCUCCCUCACUGCCCUUAGCUUCAUUUUCCUUCACCCUAGCAGGUUCGCAACAAUCGCCCUUCAUUGACCCCAUUGAAACAAAAGAAACCUGGACGCGCCUCUUCUCCAAGAGGCCGCCUCCGCGCUGCGAAAGCCACAACGAACCCUGCAUAACCUUUACAACUAAAAAACCUGGUGUGAACUGUGGGAGACAGUUUUGGACAUGCGCUCGGCCGCUGGGUCCGAAUGGACAGAAGGAGAAGGGGACACAGUGGAGAUGUGGUACGUUUAUUUGGGCAAGCGAUUGGAACGCACCAGCAUCACAUUAGUAUAUCCACAUUAGUAUAUCGCAGGCAUAGCAGGGGAAGCAGUUAUAAGUGGCUUAUCAUUGCGAUUUUGAUACCCACCCAGAACUUUGGUACCGAGACGCCAUAUCAUGCCCGUUUUCGGACGUGUGCUGCCAUCGCCUCGAUGCCAAGGAUAGGAACCAGCAACGAGCCUGAUAG